GUGUGGUAUUUUUCUUCAUAUAUUAUCACUGGUUAAAGUUUAGGAUACCCUGCGCAUACACGAAAAAUAAUUUUUUUUGUCUAAAUAGUGUAUGUUUUGAAACAUUCUCUAUAUGUACAUACAAACAAAUAGAACUCCAUAUCCAAGUGCAUUAAGCAACAAUUGCUAGCGUUUAAAUGUGUUUGGCCGCUUAGUUUGUUGUUAUGAAUAUAUCGAAAGUGACAACAUCGCUUGCUGCUGCGGCUGCUGCCGCCGAAAAAGCGAAACCCGAACGUGUAACAUCUGCAACGGCAGCGCUCAAUUUUAAUACAAUAUCCAUACAGAAGCGCACCAGUGUGGACGACAACGACGAUCCGAAUCGCAAGAAACUGAAGCGCGAUAUAGUUAUAUGCACGCCCACAACCAGUUUACCCGCCAAACAACGUGCAGCUACAGCUACAGCUACAACAACAGCAACAACAACUACAGCAGCAGCAACAACAGCGCCAGCAGCAACAGCAGGAGCAGUAGCUGCCGUGGUAGUACCAGCAGCAUCGUCAUCAUCAUCAUCAUCAUCCAUAAACAAAUUAACGGCUGACGAGUCACAAACAGCAAGCAUCAGCAUUGGCGGCAAUUUCGUUAGUCACGCGAAUACCAAGUCAGAAGCUGCCGCUGCCGCUGCUGCUGCUGCAACAACUUCAGCUGACGUCUGUUGGGAGCAGCGGGAUGAUCAAAUAAUCGUAUGUGAAAUGAACGCCAUCAAGCCAGAGGAGUCGUCCAGCACCAACACGAACACCACCAACGCCACCAUCAUCAACAACAGCAACGCCAGCAGCAGCAACAGCAACAUCAGCAAUAGCAACAACCCAAAGCAAACUUAUGCCAGCUUUACCAAAAAAGAUGUCACAGCAGCAUCAAUUUCCUCAUCCUCCUCCACAGCCUCCAUUAUAUCCAUUGAGUCGAGUGCUGAGCCGACGCCGAGCAACAGCAGCGAGCAACCGCAGUCACAGUCACAGUCGCAGUCGCAGUCUCAGCCGCCACCACAGCUGGGCAAGACGGUGACCAUUCAGGAGCUGGACUAUGUGCUGUUGCCAGCGACGACUACGGCUGAGCUGAAGCCAGCGGCCACGCAGCAACAUGAAGCAACAGUUACGAACAACAAUGCCACUGGCAGCAAUGCCAGCAGCAGCAACAGCAACAACAACAACAACAACAACAGCAGCGGCGGCGCCGGCAGCAGCAGCACCAGCACCAGCAUUAGCAUUGCCAGCAACAGCAGCAAUAGUAUUGCCAGCAGCAGCAUCAUUGCUACAAAGCUAACAACGGCUGCCCAACUGCAGCCGGGCAGCUACAACAUGUUCAACAGCGGCACAGCAACGGGCGCUGGCACAGCGACGGCGACGGCAACAACAACGCUGCUGAAUCGCGUCAGCUUCCAGACCAAGUACAAGGGCCAACAGGUGAUGGUGAAUGCCAAGAAGCUGGCCGAGGGCACGCAGACAACGGCCAAGGUGUCCAUUGGCAACAAGAUGAUAUCGGUGCCGCUGGUCAAGCCUCAGAUUCUGCAGGGCGGCCAGUUUAUGAGUGCGAGCGGUGCGACAACGGCGGGCGGCGCCACCAUUGUGGAGAGCAAGCAGCCGGGUACGACGGUGACGACGGCAACGGUGACCGCCCAGCAGGCGCAGCAGCUCCAGCAACAUGCACACCAGCAACACCCGCUCCAGCAGCAUCCGCACCAGCAGCAACAACAACUGAACCUCAAGCUGGUCAAGUCGCGCAAGAACCCCACCACAAUCGUCUCCUUUGCCAAUGUACAGAUCAAGCCCGCCAAUACCAAAAUCGUCACCGCCAAGGUGGUCAGCAAGAAGAUGUCGCUGCAGUUCCAACAGCAGCAGCAGCAACACCUCCAAUUGCAGAUACAGCAGCAGCAGCAACAGCAGCCCGGCACCGGCAGCAUUGUGACGAUUACCCCAACAAAUUCUGGACAAACAUUUACCAUGCUGCAGCAGCAGCAGCAACAGCAACAGCAGCAGCAGCAGCAACAGGACAAGCAACAGCACGAUGGCGAAGCACACGACCAACAGCAGCAGCAACAGCCGAAGACAAUUACCUACAGCGAGAACAUCCAGAAGAUCUUGCUGAACAAGAGCAAGUCCAUGGAUGGUGGCGAACUGAGCACCGAGUUUGGCAAGAUCAAGAACAACGUGGUCAUCAAGCAGCUGGACAAGAGCCAGCUGCACUGCACGCCCAGCAUCAACAUAUUCAAGCAGCAGGCGCCGCAGCAACAACAGCAGCAGCAGCAGGGCGCCGCUGCUGGCGGGGAUGAGGCGCUGCCGAAGCCAACGACCGGCGCCACGCUCUGCGCACGGCCCAUCAUCUCCAUACAGAAGAACAUCUCGCUGGUGGUGUCCAAGACGGCGAUGGGCCAGCAGAAGUCCAAGAUGAUCACCACAUCGGCCAACAGCGGCGCCACACUGCAAAUGCAGCCCUUCAGCACGCUGGACGCCGAGACGGUGGGCAAGCUGCAGCUGAAGGCGCAGACGGUGAAGCUGGCCGAGGCGAAGGUCGAUGCGGGCGACGGUGAAGCGAAGCCGAAGCUGUUGCUGGUUAAGCAGGCGUCGGUGCCGGUUGAUAACCACAAGGAGUUGCCAGCUGAACAGCAGCAGCAGCAACAGCAACAGCAGCAGCAGCAGCAGCAGCAGGACGAGCAGCAACAACAGCAGCAGCAACAGCAGCAGCAACAACAGCAGCAACAACAACAGCAGCAACAGCAACAGCAGCAGCAACAACAACAGCAACAGCAGCAGCAGCAGCAACAACAACAGCAGCAGCAGCAGCAACAACAACAACAGCAACAGCAACAACAACUGGGCAACACCACAGAGAAACGCAUCACGUUGCACACGCGUGUGGAUGAUUCCAAUAAUGCGCUGCUCAAGCAAUUACUGCAGAACAGCAGCAGCAGCAGCAGCAGCAGUAGCAGCAGCAAUAGCAAUAGCAACACCAACAACAACAACAACAGCAGUGGCAGCAACAACAGCAGCAGCCACAAUACGCUGCAACAGAUAUCGAUUACAUCGGCGCCGCUGUCGGCGCGCAAGGUCAUCAAUGUGCGGGCGCCGAGCAUGGGUCUGGUCAGUUCGCUGGAGGCGCAGCUGGCACGGCCCGUUAUACCGCCCGUGCCGGCAGCUGUGAGCAGCAGCAGUAGUAAUACGAGCGGCAGCGGCAGCUGCAAUACAAUCACCACAACAACGGCCACAAUGGUGGCAAUUAGUCAGGCGGCGUCGGCCACUCCUAUGCCUACGCCCACUGCCACACCCACACCCACGGCCACGUCAGCUGUCGAGCAGCAGCAGCAGCAGCAGCAGCAGCAGCAGGAGCCUACAACAACAACCGCUGCUGCAGCAACAACAGUAGCAGCGCCGCCCAUAGCAACAGCAGCAACAGUUGCUGUUGCACCGCCAGCACCACAGCUGAAGCAGUCGGUGCAAAUUGUAUCCAAGGAGACAUCCUUCAUAUCCACACCCGUCUCUGCCUCUGCUGCCUCAGCUGCAGCCGCCGCCGCUGCCGCUGCCGCUGCUGCUGCCGCUGCAGCUGCUGCGACCGCUGCUGGCACAGUUGCAACAGUUGCGCCCUCUGCCCUGCCCGCCGUGACCAAUAAGCUGCCCGCGCUGCUCGUGGAGCCGAGCAGCAACAAGACGGAGCCACUGCCGCCGCCGCCGCCGUACGAGCUGAGCACAGGGCACGUCUCGAAUGUGACCAUUUCCAUCACCACCAAGCCCAGCAAGGAGCUGCACAAGCUGAACAAGCUGGAACCGCAGGACGACACGGAGCAGGAGAAGCCGCAGCAGCAGCAGCAACAGCAGCAGCAGCACCUGUCCGCGCCUGUGCUCAGUGGCGACAGCUGGAAGCUGCAGGAGAAGCCGCCAAAUGUGAAUCUGCUCAAUAGCGAGGCGAUCAAGCGAAAGUUGCCCAUGCAACAGCAGCAGUUACAACAGCAACAGCAGCAACAACAGCAGCAGCAGCAGCAGCAGCUACAACAGCAACAGCAGCUACAGCAGCAGCAGCAGCAGUUGCAGCAACAGCAGCAAUUACAACAGCAGCAGCAGUUGCAGCAACAGCAACAAUUGCAGCAACAGCAACAGCAAAAUCAACAGCAACAACAGCAACCGCAACAUCAGCAAUUGCAGCAACAUGCUGAGGAAAAGGAAGUAAAGAGCGAAAUUGCUGUGGGGCAUAGCAACAACGUGGAUCAUGAGCUGAUAAAGGCACGCAUAGCAACGCCAGCAGCCGCAUAUGAGAAGCAGCAGCAACUGCAGCAUCAACAGCAGCCACAACACCAACAGCAGCACCAGCAGCAGCAGCUGCAAAUGCAGCUACAGCAGCAACAGCAGCAGCAACAGCAACAGCAACAUCAACAGUUGCAAAUGCACUUGCAGCAGCAGCAGCUAUUACAACAACAGUUGCAGCAGCAGCAGCAACAACAACAACACCAACAACAGCCACAGCAACAACACCAACAGCAACAGCAGCAGCAGCAGCUAUUGCAGCAACAACAGUUGCAGCAGCAACAACAACAGCUACAUCAGCAACAUCAACAACACCAGCAGCUACAUCAGCAACAAAUGCUGCCACAGCAACAGCAACCGCCAGCAUCCGCAUCAGCAGCAACAACAAUAACAGCUCUGGCUGAGCCCAAGGCCGCGGAGCAGCGUAAGCGACGUAAGCGCGAGGCGCAGAGACCUCGGCGCAGCAAUGCGAAUGCCGCUGCUGGCGCUGCAGCCGCGGCUGCUGCUGCUGCGGCGGCGGCCGCUGCUGCCGCCAGUAGCAGCCUGCGGGACAUGCCCGGCACGUUGCCAGCCGGCGCUGUGGUGCAGCUGACCAAUAUGCCGGGCAAUGUGCAGCUGGGCGGGCCGAUGGCCAGCAGCGGAGGCGGCAGUGGCAGUGGCGCUGGCACGGCUGGAGGAGGAGGAGGAGGUGGUGGUGGUGGUGGCGGCGGCAUUGGUGGAAGCGGGGGGCAUUUACUUGCGGGCAGCGGCUCCGGCAUGAGCUCACCCAUGCUGAAGAAGCGCGUGCGCAAGCUGUCCAAGGUGGAGGAGGAUCACGAUGCAUUUACCGAGAAGCUGAUGACGCACAUCCGGCAGAUGCAGCCGCUGCAGGUGCUCGAACCGCUGCUCAAUCGCAAUUUCCUCAUCGGCCACGGCCCCUGCUUCGGCAGCAACGGCAGCCCCAACGGCGGCGGCGGCGGCGGCGGCAAGCUGAAGGCCAUAUCGCGUGCUCUGCAGCUGCAGCGCCAGCUGGACGAUGGCGGCAGCGUCGACUGCGAUCAGCUGCUCGGCCGCAUUGGUUAUUUGAGACACCCGAGCAUCAAGUCGUUAUACGAUAGCGAACGCUUCGGCGGCAGCGGCGACAGCUCGACGGGCAGCAACAGCAACUGCGGCAGUGGCAGUGGCAGUGGCAACAGUCUGAAUUGUGGUUCGAUGUCGAGCAUACAGAACGAUUUUUACGAUCAGGAGUUCUCGACGCACAUUCAGCGGAAUCCGCGCGAGCGACUGCAGCGCUUGAUGGCCGCCGUGCGCGAUUGCAAUCUGGAGACGACAGAUCUCGUUGAGCAGCAGCAACAUCAGCCGCAGCAGCACCAGCACCAGCAUCCGACUCCUGCUAAUCGCUUGGAUGGUCCCGUGGCCUGGUCGCGCAUCAGCCGCUAUCCGGGCCUGGUGCUGCUCAACACCAACAGCAAUCAGCGCUGUGCUCCGGGCCGCAUGUCGCCGGUGGCUCUGGCCAUGGAUGCGACGACGAUGCGGACGCCGGUGUCGCCCAUUUUGCGCAACUGUGCCGAGGAGUUACGUAAGGCGCAGCAGCUGGAGCUGGGCAUGGGCUUGGGCCACAACGGCAGCAACAGCACCGGCACCGCCACCGGCAGCAGCUGCAGCAAUAGCAUCAACAACAACAACAACUACCAGCAGAAGAACCAAAAUGUGAUACUCUCGCUGCACAGCUCGGCAACGGACAACAUUGCCGGCGUGCUGCGGGACUUGGCCAAUCUGUUGCACCUGACGCCCGCCUUAACCUGCAAACUGAUCGAUGCCUCCGCCGCGGACAAGGCCAAGGAGCCGAGCGAGCCGGAGCCGGGCCAGGGCGCGGGUCAAUCUGGGGCCGCUGCCGCUCUCACUAGUCAGGGCAAUCUGCGCAAAAUACUCACCGGGCAGCGCAAACUGUGCCGCGGCUGCGGCAACAUCAUUGCCGCCUUUGGGCUGCGUGUGCCGUACCAGAAUCUGCCCGAGGAGCAGCCGUCGCCCAUGCUGGCAAUGCUGCGCUCGCUGCUGCCGCGCAAAUCCCCGCCGCCGCCGUACGCCUACUUCUGCAAUCGCAGUUGCUAUGCGCAGUACAAGUGGCGCGGCAAGGAGGAGCCGGCCGAGGAGGAGGCAACGACAGCGACAGCGACAGCAGCGGGAGCGGGUGCGGGAGCGGGAGCGGGAGCCGGUGCAGCGGCAGGUGCAACGCCGACUUCAGCUGCGCCGUCUGCAGCUAGUGAUACGUGCAUGAACAUGUUGCCCAUUGUUAAGGUGGAGCCCGAAGAUGUGGAUAUGGAGCAACAGCAACAGUCGCAGCAGCAGCAGCAGCAGCAGCAGCAACAGCAACAAUCACAGCAACAGUCGCAGCAGCAACAGUCGCAGCAGCAGCCACAGAAUGAAUCGGAGCCAACGCCGCCGCCCGUGAAGCGCAAGUGCAUCAUCAAGUACUACAGCGCCGACUGCUUCGCAGCCUCGCCAGCCUCUGCUGCCAUCAAGCAGGAGAACGAAGCAGCUGCGCCCAAUAACACCGUCUGGGAGACAGACUUCAAUCCGGACACGCUGGAGGAUCUGCGCCAGUGCGUCUUCUGCAAUCAGCGCGGCGAUGGCAAAGCCGAUGGGCCCUCGCGCCUGCUCAACUUCGAUGUGGACAAAUGGGUCCAUUUGAAUUGUGCACUGUGGUCCAAUGAUGUCUAUGAGACCGUCUCGGGCGCAUUGAUGAACUUUCCGAUGGCCCUGCAGUCGGGGCUGAAUCAGGCGUGCAGCGCCUGCCAUCAGCUGGGCGCCACCAUCAAGUGCUUCAAGUCGCGCUGCAGCAAUCUCUAUCACCUGCCGUGCGCCAUCAAGGAGGAGUGCAUCUUCUACAAGAACAAGUCGGUGCACUGCAGCGCCCAUGCGGCCAACAGUUCGGCGGGCGUCACUGAGAACGAGCUCAGCUCGUUUGUGGUGCAUCGCCGGGUGUUUGUCAAUCGUGACGAGAACCGUCAGGUGGCCACGGUCAUGCACUACUCGGAGCUGAGCAAUCUGUUGCGGGUCGGCAACAUGACCUUCCUCAAUGUGGGCCAGCUGUUGCCGCAUCAGCUGGAGGCCUUCCAUACGCCCCACUACAUUUAUCCCAUUGGCUACACGGUGAGUCGCUACUAUUGGUGCGUGCGCCGGCCGAAUCGUCGCUGUCGUUAUGUCUGCACCAUUGCCGAGGUCGGCUGCCGGCCCGAGUUUCGCAUCCAGGUGCACGACGGCAACGACAAGGAGCCGGACAGGGAGUUCCGGGACAGCACACCCUCGGCCGUCUGGCAGCAGAUACUGCAGCCCAUACAGCGCCUGCGCAAGGAGCACAAUUGGCUGCAGCUCUUCCCGCAGCACAUUAGCGGCGAGGAUCUGUUUGGCCUGACCGAGCCGGCCAUUGUGCGCAUCCUGGAGAGUUUGCCCGGCAUCGAGACGCUCACCGAUUAUCGCUUCAAGUAUGGACGCAAUCCGUUGCUGGAGUUCCCGCUGGCCAUCAAUCCGUCCGGUGCGGCACGCACCGAGCCCAAGCAGCGCCAGCUGCUCGUCUGGCGCAAGCCGCACACCCAACGCACCGCCGGCAGCUGCAGCACCCAGCGCAUGGCCAACUCGGCGGCAAUAGCGGGCGAGGUGGCGUGCCCCUACAGCAAACAGUUUGUGCACUCCAAGAGUUCGCAGUACAAAAAGAUGAAGCAGGAAUGGCGCAACAAUGUCUACCUGGCACGCUCGAAGAUCCAGGGCCUGGGCUUGUAUGCGGCACGCGACAUCGAGAAGCACACGAUGAUCAUUGAGUAUAUUGGCGAGGUAAUACGCACGGAAGUAUCGGAGAUACGUGAGAAGCAAUACGAGUCAAAGAAUCGUGGUAUUUAUAUGUUCCGCCUGGAUGAGGAUCGCGUUGUCGAUGCCACAUUGAGCGGCGGCCUAGCGCGCUAUAUCAAUCACUCCUGCAAUCCCAAUUGUGUGACCGAGAUCGUUGAGGUCGAUCGUGAUGUGCGCAUCAUAAUAUUCGCUAAGCGUAAGAUCUAUCGAGGCGAAGAGCUCUCGUACGAUUACAAAUUUGAUAUUGAGGAUGAUGCGCAUAAAAUACCCUGCGCUUGUGGUGCGCCCAAUUGUCGAAAGUGGAUGAAUUAAAUAGCAGUAAACGAAGCAUAAGCAACAACAACAACAACAGCAACAGCACCUGCACAAGCAACAAAAUGGAGUCACCCAGUGAACGCAAUUUGAUAUGAUUUGAUUUGUUGUUAAGCACACAACCAACACACACACAUACACACACACACACACAUCGUCAAGAAAAUAGUAUAU